AGAAUGCCUACCCUAACCCUGAACAUGGUGCCAUCAUGAUAUGAUGAUGAAACCGCGCGAUUGUGUUACAUGAUGUGUCGCAUCAUCGGUCCAAGCUUCCUUCACUCAACACCUGAGCAUCUCCGAUCUCAAGCAACGAAUAUCGCAGACAAUAUGGCAUCCAAAGAUGCCCCCAAAACGAUGAAAGCAUGGCAGUACUCGAGCACCACGGGCGGCAUCGAAAAGAAUCUCGUCCUCAACGACUCGGUCCCGAUCCCGACCGUAUCCUCGCGUCGUGGGGAUGCCGAGUUGCUCAUCCAAGUUGUGUCGGCCAGCAUCAAUCCGGCUGACUACAAGGCGCCAGAACUGGGCUUGGUCGCUCGCGCUGUCAUCCGUACCCCAGCAACCCCGGGAAUGGACUUUUGCGGUCGUGUGGUACAGACUACUGAAACCGUUGACGACUUUGCCGUUGGAGACCUGGUGUUUGGACGUAUCGACGUGCAGCAGUAUGGCACCACGGCUGAAUACGUCGUGGCACCUACCAAGACGUGCACUCCCGUGCCGGAGGGCGUGAGUCCAGACGACGCCGCCGCGGUGGGAGUUGCAGGCAUUACCGCAUACCAGACCAUUGCACCCAAUGUCAAGUCUGGCGACAAGGUCCUCAUCAAUGGCGGCUCAGGCGGCACCGGCACGUUCGGCAUCCAGGUCGCGAAAGCUCUCGGUUGCCAUGUCACCGCAACCUGCUCCCCCGCCAAAGCUGACCUCUGUCGCUCGCUCGGAGCCGACGAGAUCAUCGACUACACCUCUACCGACGUCUCACAGGUUCUCAAGGCCAAGGGCCAGGUAUUUUCCCUGGUUGUCGACAAUGCUGGACUGCCCGCGAAUCUCUACAAAGCCGCCGACGACUUCCUCUUGCCAACCGGCAAGUUUGUCCAAGUCGGCGGGCCACUUAACUUUAAUGCCAUCAAAACGGUUGCCACGAGGCUCCUUGUGCCAUCGUUCUUGGGCGGAGGGAAGCGCAAGUACGUGAUGUACAACAUCGGCCAUAGUCGGGACGAUCUGAAGCAGCUGGGGCAGUGGAUAGCGGAGAAGAAGAUCAAGGUCGUUGUUGAGGAGACAUAUGAGUUGGGUGAUCUGCCCAAAGCGUUUGAGAAACUGAAGACGGGCAGGAACGCAGGGAAGCUGGUGAUUCAUGUGGGGAAGUGAGGGAUUUGAAACUCAACCAGGCGUAGAAUUGAGGAGCAAUGUGUCUUUUAGUAGUCUGUCAACAGUGUAACCAAGACGUCGAGAGUUGAUAGUUAAUAGAGCAAAGCGUUAUUACAG